CUACAGCUUCCGUUGUCUAAGGGCGUUUUUUUUCAUCUUAGCACCAGAAUUUUUUGGGGUGGUGGCUUCUUGUUUCACAAGUUUUAAUUCCACCAAGGUAGAGUCCAGGAGAAAGACCCGACGGUUUAUCCUUUAAACUUUAUUUUAAAACUUUUGUUCCUUAGUCGAGACUUCAACACCGGCUUUCCCUGUGUUGCUCAAAUAAGUUCACGCAACAAAAGAGUGGUUUGCCAGUGGUGGUGUGCGCUAACAAGCUAACCAGUCGAGAACGAGCUUACCCUACUUUAGCUAGCUAACUCGCUAGCUCCAGAGAGGUUUCCAAUGCAGGCCAUCAAGUGUGUGGUAGUAGGGGACGGGGCUGUGGGUAAAACAUGCUUGCUCAUCAGCUACACCACCAAUGCAUUCCCUGGAGAGUACAUCCCCACAGUCUUUGACAACUAUUCUGCCAAUGUGAUGGUGGAUGGUAAACCAGUGAACCUGGGUCUCUGGGAUACAGCAGGACAAGAAGACUACGACAGGCUCAGACCACUGUCUUACCCACAGACGGAUGUCUUCCUGAUCUGCUUUUCUCUCGUGAGCCCUGCCUCCUUUGAAAACGUCCGUGCUAAGUGGUACCCUGAGGUGCGUCACCACUGCCCCAACACGCCCAUCAUCCUGGUGGGCACCAAGCUGGACCUGAGGGACGACAAGGACACCAUCGAGAAGCUGAAGGAGAAGAAGCUGUCCCCCAUCACCUACCCCCAGGGCCUGGCCAUGGCCAAAGAGAUCGGCUCUGUGAAGUACCUGGAGUGCUCAGCCUUGACCCAGCGUGGCCUUAAAACGGUCUUUGAUGAGGCCAUCAGGGCGGUGCUCUGCCCCCCGCCCGUCAAGAAGUCCAAAAGGAAGUGCAAGAUCCUCUAAUGAGCCUUGGUACGGGAAGUGGGAGGAAUGCUGCUGCAGUCUGAGCUCACCUUUUGGAAAGGAAGAGGGUGGGGUGUUUCCUGUAGUCCCAUGUCAAGUCCCCCCUCCCCCCCUCCUCUAAGUUAGAUCUGAGAGAGCUGGACACGGUUAUCGUCAUGGAGCGAUCACUACAGUUCCCUUUAAUUGGCUGGAUGGGUCAUCCAUCUUGGUGUCUAUCCACUGUUGUCAGAUCCAGGCUAGUGUUUAGGGGGAAAGGGGUCAGUUGGAGACAGGAAGUAGAGGGAGGAUUCUACAGAAGGAUGUGUAUUCCUAUGUUAUAUUUCUCUGUCAAAUUGUAAUAAUUACUACUUAGAUAUGAUUGAUUUGUAUCCUGCGAUCAUAGAACUAACUCGACUAUCGACUCAAGGAGGAGCGGGAAACAUCAGUUUCCCUACACUAAGAAAUUCCUGCUGCCUUCUAGUUUUACUCCCCCAAAUCUUUUUUUCCCUUUUUUGAAUUAUUUUUCCAAGAAGAUUUUUAAUCAAUUGCUCAUCUGUUUCAGUCUCUUUCCACUCUUAAUGAGCCCAUAUCGUUUGUUUACAGACUGUAGUUGAGGUGUUGCCAAAUGGAUAACUGUCAUCUUUGUGUAGUUGCUCUAUGUACAUUAAAUGUAAUAAUUAUA